CGGGGGAAUCCCGCCCCGCCCCUUCCGCGCGGCGCCGAGGCGCAGCGCAAACAUGGCGGCGACUGGCACGGGCCGGUGAGGCGGUACCGGGGCUGUCGGGUGUCAUGGGCGGUGGCGGCGGCACCGCCCCCGCUUCUCCCUGAGCGGGACCGCACUAGGGCCUCUGCGCCGAGCCAGGCAAUGGACGGGAGCUCCGAGCUGGGCCUUAUGGAGACCAUGGAGACGCUGACGGAGCUGGGCGACGAGCUGACCCUGGGGGACAUCGACGAGAUGCUACAGUUUGUCAGCAAUCAAGUGGGAGAGUUCCCUGACUUGUUUUCAGAGCAGCUUUGUAGCUCCUUUCCUGGUGGUGGUGGUGGCGGCGGCGGCGGCGGCAACAAUGGCAGCAGUGGCAGCAGUGGCAACAGCAGCACUGGCAGGAGCAACAAUGGUGGAGCUGUGGACCCCUCAAUACAACGGUCAUUCAGCCAAGUUCCGUUGCCUUCCUUCUCUCCCUCAGUCACCUCCCCUCAGGCUCCAACCCUGCAGGUCAAAGUCCCUUCUACCCCAGUGCCCACCCCACCAAGAGCAACGCCUGUUCUCCAGCCUCGGCCCCAACCCCAGCCCCAGCCUCCAGCUCAGCUGCAGCAGCAAACAGUGAUGAUCACCCCAACAUUUAGCACUGCUCCACAAACCAGGAUCAUCCAGCAGCCUCUGAUAUACCAGAAUGCGGCCACCAGCUUCCAAGUCCUUCAGCCUCAAGUGCAAAGCCUGGUGACAUCCUCCCAGGUCCAACCGGUCACCAUUCAGCAGCAGGUGCAGACCAUACAGGCCCAGCGGGUGCUUACACAAACAGCUAAUGGGACGCUGCAGACCCUCGCCCCUGCCACAGUGCAGACAGUUGCUGCGCCCCAGGUGCAGCAGGUCCCGGUCCUGGUCCAGCCUCAGAUCAUCAAGACAGAUUCCCUUGUUUUGACUACACUGAAGACAGAUGGUAGCCCUGUGAUGGCGACCGUCCAGAACCCAGCCCUCACUGCCCUCACCACCCCCAUCCAGACAGCCGCCCUUCAAGUACCAACGUUGGUGGGCAGCAAUGGGACCAUUCUGACCACAAUGCCUGUGAUGAUGGGGCAAGAGAAAGUACCCAUUAAACAGGUGCCUGGGGGAGUCAAGCAGCUAGAGCCGCCGAAAGAAGGAGAAAGGCGGACCACACACAAUAUCAUUGAGAAGCGGUACCGCUCCUCCAUCAACGACAAAAUCAUUGAGUUGAAGGAUCUGGUCAUGGGAACAGAUGCUAAGAUGCACAAGUCUGGUGUUCUGAGGAAGGCCAUUGAUUACAUCAAAUACUUGCAGCAGGUCAAUCAUAAACUUCGUCAGGAGAAUAUGGUGCUGAAACUGGCAAAUCAGAAAAAUAAAUUCUUGAAGGGUAUUGACCUAGGCAGUCUUGUGGACAGCGAUGUGGACCUAAAGAUUGAUGACUUUAAUCAGAAUGUCCUGCUGAUGUCUCCCCCGGCCUCCGACUCUGGGUCCCAGGCUGGCUUCUCUCCCUACUCCAUAGAUUCUGAGCCAGGAAGUCCUCUGUUGGACGAUGCAAAGGUCAAAGAUGAACCGGACUCUCCUCCAGUAGCGCUGGGCAUGGUGGAUCGCUCUCGAAUUCUGCUGUGUGUCCUCACAUUCCUGGGUCUCUCUUUUAACCCACUGACUUCCCUGCUGCAAUGGGGAGGGGCCCACGAGGCUGACCAGCACCCAUACUCAGGCUCUGGCCGCAGCGUGCUCUCAUUUGAAUCGGGUUCUGUGGGCUGGUUUGACUGGGUGAUGCCAACUCUCCUGCUGUGGCUGGUAAAUGGUGUGAUCGUCCUAAGCGUCUUUGUGAAGCUGCUGGUCCACGGGGAGCCUGUGAUCCGGCCACACUCCCGCUCCUCUGUCACCUUUUGGAGGCACCGGAAGCAGGCAGACCUGGAUCUUGCCAGGGGAGAUUUUGCAGCUGCGGCUGCCAACCUGCAAACCUGCCUAUCUGUUUUGGGCCGGGCACUGCCCACCUCUCGCCUGGACCUGGCCUGCAGCCUCUCCUGGAAUGUGAUCCGCUACAGCCUGCAGAAGCUGCGGCUGGUGCGCUGGCUGCUCAAGAAGGUCUUCCAGCGCUGGCGGGCCACACAAGCCAAUGCAGCAGGCUUUGAAGACGAAGCUAAGAGCAGCGCUCGGGAUGCAGCCCUGGCCUAUCACAGGCUGCACCAGCUGCACAUCACAGGGAAGCUUCCAGCGGGAUCUGCCUGUUCAGAUGUGCACAUGGCUUUGUGCGCUGUAAACCUGGCUGAGUGUGCUGAGGAGAAAAUCCCACCAAGCACUCUGGUUGAGAUCCACCUGACAGCCGCCAUGGGGCUCAAGACCUGGUGUGGAGGCAAGCUGGGCUUCCUGGCUAGCUACUUCCUCAGUCGCGCCCAGAGCCUGUGUGGUCCUGAGCACAGCACAGUACCUGACUCCCUGCGCUGGCUCUGCCACCCCCUGGGCCAGAAGUUUUUCAUGGAGAGAAGCUGGUCAGUGAAAUCGGCAGCCAAGGAGAGUCUGUAUUGUGCCCAAAGGAACCCAGCUGACCCCAUCGCUCAGGUCCACCAGGCUUUCUGCAAGAACCUGCUGGAGCGAGCUGUGGAAUCCUUGGUGAAACCUCAGGCCAAGAAGAAGGCAGGAGACCAAGAAGAAGAGAGCUGUGAAUUCUCCAGUGCUCUGGAGUACCUGAAGUUACUUCACUCCUUUGUAGACUCUGUGGGGUUUGUGACCCCACCAUUUUCCAGCAGUGCUGUAUGCAAAUCCACCCUCGGCCCAGACGUCAUCUGUCGCUGGUGGACAUCUGCGAUUACCAUGGCCAUCAGCUGGAUCCAGGGGGAUGACGCUGCUGUGCGUUCACAUUUCACCGAAGUGGAGCAUGUCCCCCGGGCUCUGGAAGUGACUGAGAGCCCCCUGGUGAAGGCCAUCUUCCAUACCUGCAGAGCCAUGCACGCCUCCGUGUCUGGGAAAGCGGAUGGGCAGCAGAAUUCCUUCUGUCAUUGUGAAAGGGCCAGCGGCCACCUGUGGAACAGCCUCAACGUCAGCGGGGCCACCGCUGACCCUACCCUCAACCAUGUGCUCCAGCUCCUCACCUGUGACCUACUACUGUCUCUGCGAACGACACUCUGGCAAAAGCAGACCGGUGCCAGCCAGGCCCUGGGAGAGACCUACCAUGCUUCAGGCGCCGAGCUGGCUGGCUUCCAGCGAGACCUCGGCAGCCUACGCAGGCUGGCGCACAGCUUCCGCCCAGCGUACCGCAAGGUGUUCCUGCACGAAGCCACUGUGCGCCUGAUGGCGGGAGCCAGCCCCACCCGCACCCACCAGCUGCUGGAGCACAGCCUGCGGCGGAGGACCACUCAAAACAUGAAGCACGGCGAGGUGGACGCCUGGCCUGGCCAGCGAGAGCGCGCCACCGCCAUCCUGCUGGCCUGCCGCCAUCUUCCCCUCUCCUUCCUGUCAUCCCCGGGCCAGCGGGCGGUGCUGCUGGCCGAGGCUGCCCGCACCCUGGAGAAGGUGGGCGACCGGCGCUCCUCCAGCGACUGCCAGCAGAUGAUUGUCAAGCUGGGCGGUGGCACUGCCAUCGCCGCCUCCUGACUGUGCAGCCUGGCCCACGUGCCCACCACCGUCUCCAUCUUUGUCCUGGGGUCCUCCCUCUGUCUCUGAGCCUCUGUCUCCCGCUAGAGAGCCACGGGGUACGGACCAGCCUUGUCUUCUGGGCAGAACCCCUUCAAAGUCGCGUCAGUCGAUGCCCAUAGCCCUGGCGUGCCGGACAGGAAUGGGGGGGUCGAGGGGCUCCUGCCUCUGGCCCUCCAGAGACUUCCUCGGCGUCUCCCCAGUCUGCUUUUUUACCACGUUUCUCUCUGGGGGGGACUAAGUCUCUGGGCACCGGAGAACACUUUGCCCUCAGGACUUGCCCGCAUGCCCCUUCCUCUUUUUAUACGAAUGUUUUUAUAUACACGUGUGCUUGCGUCUGCCGUGAUGCAGGGCAGAGCUGCUGUGGCAUCUUUAUUUCCCUCCUGGGUCUGCCACCUCCCUGUGCCUGACUAAGCCAGUUCAUUGUUUUCUCAUCAUUCCCUGGAUCAGCCAGGGAA